AUGAACUUCUUUCGCGCAACAGCAUUGGCAUGCUGGCUAGCCUUGUGAGUUUUGAACAGGAAUUGAAUGGGAAUGUAAAAAAAAGGCGGUAAAUUGGAUAUGGGCCAUUCAGUCACGCGGCUUGUAUUAGUCUAGUCGCACGCACACACACAGUCUAAUGACAACAACGGCCUCUCCCACUUUUUUUUAAUCGCGCGCCACGCCCCGCCGGGGCAAAAUGCACAGGAGUUUGAGCAUCGUAUGCGAUGCCUUCCCACUCUCUCGACAUUGGCCCGUGCGACGAUCUGUCGAGCUGAACGUUGUUGAUCGUCAGCAGCAACAAGCAGGACGACAAGGACUGGAAAAACGUCUAGUAGCCGUAGGUUCGCUCACCGAACUGGGUAUACAAGCCGGCAUGGUCGGCAUGGGCAUCGGUACGAGUGCGGGCGAGCUAAAGGGGAUAGGCGGCAAGGUGAAUGAAGCGUUGAAAAAGGCCAAUGAGGGAGAAAACAAUGUGGAGCCAGAGUAUCCAAAGGAUAAGAAUGGACAUUGUCCCAAUUGCGGGCCCAAGCUAUCGGAUCAGGUGGAUUUGGAUGUGGAGCAAGAUGCGAUGCGAGCAGCGAUGGGUGCAGAGACUGGGCGUAUGAAGGAGGCGAACACCAAAGCUCAACAGGCAUUGGAUGCGCAGAAAGCAGCUUUCAACGAUGCGCUCGACAAGUUGGCAAAGACGCAACCAGAAAAGGUCAAGAAGAUCAAAGCUUACCUCGCUGCUCAUCCCAACGAUGCCAAUUCCAACGACAUCAUGGCCAUCAUGCAAGGCAAAUGA